AUGGAAAACCCAUCACGGACGUCCUCGUCCUCGCACACCCUCCCCCCGGGCUCCGCCUCCUCCUCCUCACCCCAAUACGCCUCCAUCACAAACCACACCUCCUCACCCACGACAACCACAAACACAAACACAGCAGCAGCGAACCGCCGCUCCUCCAUCGCCUCAAACGUCCUCCACCCCGUCACCACAAAAGAACAAGUCGCCGACCCGGACCUCGACCUCAACCUCCCCUACCGCACCCUCUCCCCCAACGCCAACCUAGACGAGUACCGCGUCGAGACCCGCGAUGGCCAGAUCCCCGGCCCGCCCGCCGGCGACGGCCCGGCCUCCAACUACAAACUCGUCACCUUCACCCCGGGAGACCCCCAGAACCCAAAGAACUGGUCAAAGGCCUACAAGUGGUACUGCACCAUGGUCGUCGCGCUGACCUGCUUCGUCGUCGCCUUCUGCUCCUCCGUCAUCACCGCCGACAUCGCCGGCGUCGCCUCCGAGUUCGGCGUCUCCGAGGAGGCCGCCCUCGUCAGCAUCUCCGUCUUCGUCAUCGGCUUCGGAAUCGGCCCCAUGUUUUUCGCUCCCCUCUCCGAGGUCUACGGCAGACAGGUCAUCUACGGCUCGACGCUGCUCGUCGCUGUGGUCUUCAUCAUCCCCUGCGCCGUCGCGAAGAACCUCGCGACUCUGCUCGUGUGCCGCGCCAUCGACGGCAUCGCCUUCUCCGCGCCCAUGACCCUCGUCGGCGGCACCCUCGCAGACCUCUGGCGUAACGAGGAGCGCGGCGUCCCCAUGGCCGCAUUCUCCGCCGCCCCCUUCAUCGGACCAGCCAUCGGUCCCCUCGUAGGCGGCUUCCUCUCCGACGCGACGGGCUGGCGCUGGCUCUACUGGAUCCAGCUCAUCCUCGCCUUCGUCGUCUGGGUCCUCAUCACCUUCACCGUGCCCGAGACCUACGCGCCCACCAUCCUCUCCCGCCGCGCCGCCGCCCUCCGCAAGACCACCGCCGACCCCUCCCACGUCACCGAGCAGGACAUCGACAUGCGGCCCCUCUCCGAGCGCCUCGGCAUCUUCCUCGUCCGCCCCUUCCAGCUCCUCUUCCGCGAGCUCAUCGUCUUCCUCAUCUCCAUCUACAUGUCCGUCCUCUACGGCCUCCUCUACAUGUUCUUCGUCGCCUUCCCCAUCAUCUACCAGAAGCGCAAGGGCUACUCCGCCUCCUCCACCGGCCUCAUGUUCAUCCCCCUCGCCGUCGGCGUCGUCAUGUCCGCCAUGUGCUCCCCCUGGGUCAACAGGCACUACCUCAAGAUGGUCGCCCGCCACAACGGCAACCCCCCCGCCGAGAUCCGCCUCAUCCCCAUGAUGCUCUCCUGCUGGUUCAUCCCCGUCGGCCUCUUCAUCUUCGCCUGGACCUCCUACCCGGACCUGCACUGGGCCGGGCCCGCCUUCGGCGGCUUCCCCGUCGGCUUCGGCUUCAUCUUCCUCUACAACUCGGCCAACAACUACCUCGUCGACUCGUACCAGCACCAGGCCGCCUCCGCCCUCGCCGCCAAGACCUGCAUCCGCUCCUUCUGGGGCGCCGCCGUCGUCCUCUUCACCGAGCAGAUGUACGACCGCCUCGGCGACCAGUGGGCCUCCACCCUGCUCGCCUUCAUCGGCCUCGCGUGCUGCGCCAUCCCCUUCCUGUUCUGGGUGUACGGCGCCAAGAUCCGCGAGAGGAGCAAGUAUGCCUACUCCGGGGAGGACGAGCAGGCAUCGUCUGGGUCCGAUGUGGAGAAGGCGAAGCCGCAGAAGAACGCGCUGGCGCCUACCCGCACUUUCGAGCCCGCGUAA